UUCGUAGGGUCUUUUCGGUCAUUUACUAUACUUUCAACAACCUCGAUUUCUCCUUUCCCUAUAUAUUCAUACCUUAGUCUUCCCUUUGGACUCGCACAGCUUGAUCAGACUUAAUAACCAUAUUCAAGCUUCCACUUCUCUUUCUAAUACCAGUUACCUCUUUCUUAGGUUUUGAUUAAAGAUGGCAACAGAAACAUUCCUAUUCACAUCUGAAUCAGUGAACGAGGGACACCCUGACAAGCUAUGCGACCAGAUCUCUGAUGCUGUACUAGAUGCUUGCCUUGAGCAAGAUCCAGAGAGCAAAGUUGCAUGUGAAACUUGCACAAAGACCAACAUGGUUAUGGUUUUUGGUGAGAUCACAACAAAGGCCAAUGUUGAUUAUGAGAAAAUUGUCCGUGACACAUGCAGGAACAUAGGUUUUGUUUCAGAUGAUGUUGGUCUUGAUGCUGACAACUGCAAAGUCCUUGUCAAUAUUGAGCAACAGAGUCCUGAUAUUGCUCAAGGUGUCCAUGGCCAUCUCACAAAAAGGCCUGAGGAAAUUGGUGCUGGUGAUCAGGGUCACAUGUUCGGUUACGCCACCGACGAAACCCCGGAGUUUAUGCCUCUUAGCCACGUUCUUGCGACCAAGUUGGGCGCCAAGCUCACCGAGGUUCGCAAGAACGGGACAUGCCCUUGGUUGAGACCUGAUGGGAAAACACAAGUCACUGUUGAGUAUUACAAUGAUAAGGGUGCCAUGGUUCCAAUCCGUGUCCACACUGUCCUUAUCUCGACACAGCACGACGAAACUGUCACCAACGAUGAAAUUGCAGCUGAUUUGAAAGAGCAUGUGAUCAAGCCUGUGAUCCCUGAGAAGUAUCUUGAUGAGAAAACAAUCUUCCACUUGAACCCUUCCGGCCGUUUCGUCAUCGGUGGACCUCACGGUGACGCGGGUCUAACCGGCCGCAAGAUCAUCAUCGACACAUACGGUGGUUGGGGUGCACAUGGUGGUGGUGCUUUCUCAGGAAAAGACCCAACCAAAGUUGACAGAAGUGGAGCCUACAUUGUAAGACAAGCUGCAAAGAGUAUUGUUGCUAAUGGACUUGCUAGAAGGUGCCUUGUGCAAGUUUCCUACGCUAUCGGUGUGCCCGAGCCAUUGUCUGUUUUCGUCGAUUCUUACGGAACCGGAAAGAUCCCUGAUAGGGAAAUCCUUAACAUUGUGAAGGAAGCCUUUGAUUUUAGGCCUGGAAUGAUCUCAAUCAGCCUUGAUCUUUUGAGGGGUGGGAAUGGUAGGUUUUUGAAGACAGCUGCAUAUGGACAUUUUGGUAGAGAUGAUGCUGAUUUCACAUGGGAGGUUGUUAAGCCACUCAAGGGUGGAAAGUUAUCUACUUCUGCAUAAGUGCUUAAGUGAAGUGAUUAUGAUGGAGUUUUGGAUGUUGCCUACAACUUGGUUAUACCAAAAUUAUUAUUUUUCUUUGUGUUUUCAUUUAUUAUAUGUGUUUUAUUAUUUGUAUUUUUUUCUUUUGAUUUGUGUACUUUGUAUGUGUUCGUUUAGAACACUAAUGUAUACAUGAUCAACCGACAAAAUGUUGUUCAAGGAUUUGUUCCAUAUAAUGUAAUAAAUAUUAAAUCAAAGUGAGUUUACAAUUAAUUGGUUA